GAUCCCCGCAGGGAUUUUUUAUGGGGGGCAGAUUCUGCCCCCCGUCCUCGUUCCCCGCGGGGAACGGCAACAAUAGCAAUGGCAGCAGAUGGCAGCAGAUGGUAGCACAUGGCUUCGUAGCAGCAGCAGCAAAUCGCUCUAGCAGCAACAAAGAAGAUGGAUCCGGUCCGGCAGCAAGCCAGCGGCAAAGCAGAUUCAUACAAGCAACGAAUCACUGAAUAUCAUUCACUUUUAGCAAAUUCAUACAAGUUUAAGCACCAAACAUCAGGAAAUUGCAAAAUAUGAAAUAAAAACACCCAAGACAAAAAUUUUGGAGAAAGGCAGAUCUAGAUCUGAAGGAGGGAUCCGACGAUCGAAGAAAAUGGAGAAAAGGGUUCUGGAUGGGAGAAGAAUCAGGUGAUGACCGGUGAUGUAGGUGGAAGCUAUUGAUCAGAGAAAAAUUUGAGAAAGGGGUUCAGGAUGGGAGAAGAAUCCAGUUUUUUCUUCUUCUUUUUUUGCCGUCUGCAGCCUCUUUUUUGGUGUGGCUCGGUGGCUCCCCCCUUUUAAAGAGAAAGGAAAACUAGGGCUUUUUGGGUUUGGGUUUGGGUUUUAAUGGGUUAGUUUGUGAAAGUGGUUAUUGGGCUCAAUAUUUGGGUUUGGGUUAGAUUUAUUGAUUUUUUUUGUGAAUUUCAUCCUUUAAUUUUUAAUUUUAUAUUAUUUUAUUAUAAAUUAGUAAAAUCUUG